GGACGGGCACCGGGGCGGGGGCGCCGGCGCGGCUGCCCGACUUGGCCUGCGGCGCGCGGGGGGCGCCAUGAGCGCGGCGGGGCUGCUGGCCCCGGCCCCGGCCCCGGCCGGCGCGCCGCCGGCGCCCGAGUUCUACCCCGACGAGGACGAGGAGCUGGAGAGCGCCGAGGACGACGAGCGCAGCUGCCGGGGCCGCGAGUCGGACGAAGACACCGAGGAUGCUAGUGAGACCGACCUGGCCAAGCAUGACGAAGAAGACUACGUCGAGAUGAAGGAACAGAUGUACCAGGACAAGCUGGCUUCCCUCAAGAGGCAGCUGCAGCAGCUGCAGGAAGGUACGUUGCAGGAGUAUCAGAAGAGGAUGAAAAAACUAGACCAGCAGUACAAGGAGCGGAUCCGGAACGCAGAGCUCUUCCUCCAGCUGGAGACUGAACAAGUGGAAAGAAACUACAUUAAAGAGAAGAAGGCGGCGGUGAAAGAGUUUGAAGACAAGAAGGUCGAGCUGAAAGAGAAUCUGAUUGCCGAGCUAGAAGAAAAGAAGAAAAUGAUCGAGAACGAGAAGCUCACGAUGGAGCUGACGGGAGACUCCAUGGAGGUGAAGCCCAUCAUGACGAGGAAGCUGCGGCGGCGGCCCAAUGACCCCGUCCCCAUCCCCGACAAGAGGAGGAAGCCCGCGCCCGCUCAGCUAAACUACCUGCUGACAGACGAGCAGAUCAUGGAGGACCUGAGAACCUUAAACAAGCUUAAGUCCCCCAAGAGGCCAGCAUCCCCGUCCUCCCCCGAGCACUUACCUGCGACGCCUGCGGAGUCUCCCGCCCAGAGGUUCGAAGCUCGGAUAGAAGACGGCAAGCUCUACUACGACAAGCGGUGGUACCACAAGAGCCAGGCCAUCUACCUGGAGUCCAAGGACAGCCAGAAGCUCAGCUGUGUCAUCAGCUCGGUGGGCGCCAACGAGAUCUGGGUGCGGAAGACGAGCGACAGCACCAAGAUGCGCAUCUACCUGGGGCAGCUGCAGCGCGGGCUCUUCGUCAUCCGCCGGCGCUCCGCGGCCUGACCCGGCCGGCGCCGACCCCGGCCGGCCUUCCCCGGUGGGCUUGGGUUUCCUCCCGUGUCGUUUUCUUCCUUCCAGAAAACUUUGAACUUGAACUCGGCUCCCUCCGUGGGGGAUUUCGAGAGGCCCUUGGCGGCCCCGUCUCGGCGUCCUUUCCUGCCUCGACUUUUCCAGCCACCUGCCGCCGCGAGACCCCGACCUCGUGGGCCGGGCCUGGGAGCCGGGUUCACUCCCUUCUUCCCUGUGGUGUUCGCCUGUGCUCUGGUGUUCCCUGCGCCCUCGGAGGCCAGGGGCCGGCUCUCCUGCACCGUCUCCGGAAGCCUCUGAGGACCGCCCCGAGGCACGUGUCCCUGGAGGGACUCUGAGGGAGCCCACCGCCCUGUGGACGCUUGGGGCCGAGGCCUCAGCCAGGAGGAGGGUCCUGUGUGCUCAGUCCUGUGUGCUCCUGGCUCUCCCCCGGCGCCUGCCGGCCACCCUGCGGCCUGAACGACCGGAACCUUGGCCGGGGGCCGAGGGGGCUGGGGUGGGGGCGCCGGGAGAGGGGGUGGACUCGGAAUGCGCCCGAGGCACCACCGCCUUUCAACUGUGCCCUGCGGGUGGCUGGUUCAAACAUGUUUGCGCCCGUCCCCGCGGAGGGGCAGCGGGUGUGUCAGCACUGGCCGUUUGUCACUCGUCUGUCCCCCCCAGGAGGUGAAGUGGCAAGUGCCGCUGAGCGGGUGGGGAGGGGAGGGGAGGCAGGACCAGGAUUGCUGUCCGGGGGUCUAGAGCCCUCCUGGCACGUCAGAGGGCACCGUGGUCCCCGGGGUCCUCGGCACGCAGCUGCCGUGAGCCCGUGGAACCCGGCUGGCAGGAGACAGGACAGGACGUUGGCAGCCGCCCGCCAGCGUCCUCCUGGCGAGCCCGUGGACACGGCUUUCCCCGCGCCUGCUGGAAGUGGAGGGUCCUGCAGCCGGAGGGGGCCCCUCUGCCCUGGGUGCCACCCGCGGUGGUGGUGGGAGCUGGGGUCCGAGGCUGGGAGCCUCCCCUGGGCCCCGGGGGACCGAGCACACGCAUGCGUUUGCCGUGGAUUCCUUUGCUCUCCUGGGAUUCCCUCUGUGUUCUCUCUCUCUCGAUGUACAUAAACCCCAAGAAAUUUGGGGGUACGGGGCCGUGGUAACAAAGGUACCACCUUUCCCAAAGUUCUGGCUUCAACAGUGACCAAAACCUUAGAUUUGUACAGAUAACGUUUUUGUUCUAUUGUUUUUUUUCUUUUUCUGGUGUUGGUGUCUUUGGGGGGGAAGGGGGAAGACCAUAAAUUAGGUGGUUUCUUUCUUUUUUUUUUUUUUGCGGUGCCAGGAAUUGAACCCAGGACCUCACUGCCGACGCAAGUGUUCCUUUGCCCAGCUCUGUCGCCCCUGAUUUUACAGCCAUCACUCCCGGGGGUGGGCAGGGCCUUUGCCUUUGGUGUCUCCCGGUGUCUUUACCGGCCCAGAGCACCUGGCGCCCCGGGGUCUGUUGCACCCCUCUGUCAGGGAGCUGCUUGUGUCAUGGAGUGCUCUGAGCCUGGAAUUUUGGAGAGGUCGUGUGUGUGUCACUGCAGGGGACUUUCUGUUUCUCUCUGUCCUCCUGACAAUAGCGUGGACUCAGUUUCCCAGAACGGCCACUCAGAAGCUGCCGGCCUUCCCGGCUAGCCUGGCACCCCUGCUCCACGUUGGGAAGGGCCCGUUGCCGGAAGCCUGGGGCUGGGCACGUUGGCCGUGUCCCUCUGACCCUGGACGGUGUUGGGGGGCCCCCUUGGGGACAGGCUUCCGCCCCCUGGGGCCUCACGGCGGCUGCGUGGGGGGGGAACAGAGACAGACCUGCGCCCCACCGCUGAACACUUCCUGCACUCAGAUCUCCUGACCCAGUUAUCCCUGACGCAGUCGGACCCGAGCCCCACAAAAGCCUCGGGUGACGCAGGGGAGACUGGAAGGGCGGGUCCGGGCUAUUCUGGGCUCCGGCGUGGACAGGCUCGAGCUCCUGGUCAGACUCCAUCCCGCUGUGGGUGCCGUUGGCGGCCAGACCCCACUGUGUCUGGUGUGUCGGACAUCUGCCUCCGGGGGGGACACGCCAUGGACCACGUCUGUCCAGUGAUUGUCCAGCCCCCAGGGCUUUGUGUGCCCCACCCCCCCCGCCCUCACAGCCCUCUGCGCCCCCUCCCCUCCUUUGGGGUCUCAGUAGCCAUACCAAAGCCCGCGUCUGCGUGUUGGGGUACCGGUGUUGAUGGGUAUCGUGACUGUGAUUUUUUGUUUUUUUUUCUUCUUAAAUAACCUUGAACUGGGCACUGCAAGACCCCAGCAGCUCUGGCUGCAGCUCUGAGGACCCUGUGCGCAGGGUUGGGAGACUUUUCUAAGACAGAUGUGUGUGGGUUGAGUGGGAUUGGUUGCAGUUUUUUUUUUUUUUUUAAUUUUCUAUCUAAUAUUGCAGCUGGGGUUGGGGGCGUGAGAGGGAGGGUCCUGAUUUUUACACUAAUUUUUGGUUUUUUUUUUUCACUUUAGAUUUCUUUGAGCCUGGAAAUUUUACUCACUUCCUCCUGAUUUAAACAUUUGGUUUCCGGAGCCGGGAGAGAGAGUACAAUGGGUAGGGCACUUGCCUUGCACCUGUGACCUUAGUUCAAUCCCCAGCACCCCGUAGGGUCCCCUGAGCCCUGCCAGGAGUGAUCCCUGAGCACAGAGCCAGGAAUAGGUCCUGAGCACCGGGUGGCACCAAAACCAAAACCAAAAGGUUCCUAACUUGGGUCCUUAACAUUAUAGUAUUAUACCAAGUUUCCCCCAAAGAGUUCGAACCACUUUAAUGCAAGGUCUCAGUGAAAGAAAUUUGCAGCAAUAUCAGGAAGCUGACGGGCUGGUUUUUUGUUGUUGUUGUUUUUUUUAAGUAAAAUAACAUCUUUAACUGGUACCAUUAAAUAUUCUGAAAGGUGAAUGUAAAGUGUUUUAAGGUUUAGGGUUUCUUUUUUUUAUGACAAUAAACUUUUAAAGAGAAAAACA